AUGAACUCGAGUACCCUUCCUGCAGGUGCAGCCAAGCAAGUGGCUGCCCCCAAAGGCUCGACCGACAAGACACCGUCUUCAGGAAUUAUUUCCAAUCGUCAAUCUCCUAAGUCACCAAUGGUAAUUCCUCCACCAGAAGAAGCUCAGUUCGAUUUCGAUACUACAGAUCGUGAUACCCUUGAGCAUCUUCUGUACGACGCGCUCACCAAAGAUGCCGAAGAGAUUCCUGGCUCCAAGCGAAAGCGCAAAGAAGAUCAAGAUUCCGAGAAGGAGUCCUCUACCAACGCCAUUAAGCGGGCCCGUGUUGACGGAUACUCUCCCAAGAUCAAUCCCCCUGCCAGCUCGAUCAAAACCCCAAAGACGACGGAGACCAUCGUGAAGCCAUUGAAGAAGCGCAGCUCCGAGCAGUUGGUUCAUGAUGCCUCGAAGAAUCAAGGUUGGAAGCCGUCUAGCUCGAAGCGGAAGCGUCAGGUGGAGUUGGAUACUGAGAAGGGAGACCAUACGGCAUCCCCAAAGCGGGCACGUAUUGGCGACAAGCCGUUCAACACCGAUCCCGUCGAUUCCGCAAUCCAAAACACGGACACCAAAGCCACCACCCCCAAGCUGACAGACUCCCCAGGCAACGCUUUCAACUAUCUGUUCGAAGAGGACGGCCUCCCUGAGGCUCCCACUUCCCCUCCGCGGCGAAAAGAUUCAACAUACGCGUCCAAUCCUCUCUCUGGAGCUGAUCCCGCUUCCCAGCGUUCCAAUCCGUCUCUAUCAACAGACACUCACGGCGACGCCUUCAAGUACCUCUUCGAGGACGAAGACCUACCACCUCCACCACCUCCAACCCGUCCGCGAUCCACAGUGCCACCACCCACUCCAACAUGUCCCCGUUUCGCAGUGGCAGCAGCAAACCCAACGUAUAAUCGAUCCGAAGCAACAGCUUCAGUACGACGUCUUUUCGGGGAGCGCUCAACUUAUCCAACGAAUUCGCGUUUCCCAACGCCCGCACCAGCUCUCAAGCAUCGCCGCUCGGCAGCAGCAGCACGACAGACACACAAAUCCCGUGCUCUAGUCUCUCUACUAAAUCACGACGCUGUUAGGGCUAGGACGACUUACGCGAUCGCCGGUGACCCGCGCGUCUUCAUCCAAAACGACUACGAAGUAGAAGAAGAAGAGUCUCUCGAGGCGCAGGAGGAGUACGCCCUCAUGCUGUAUAUUAAUUGCCAUGAGGAUGAUAAGAAUCCGGGACGAUUGUCGUGGGAUGAGGCUAUGGGUGAGCGGCAGGGAGGCGGGGUUUAG